UUAGCGGUGAGUAUGAUUGUUACGUGACUACCAGCGUGAAACUCAAUUUCCGCGGUGUGUGGACCGCGACUUGGAGGGGAGAAUUGUUUAACUGUUAAACUCUAUCUCGGAACGAGUUACGAGAAACUGGAGGUGACAUGCAUGCUCGUUAAAUUGCGAAGGAAGUAGACCAGGUAAAAUGGACAAAGGUGGAUACCACGUGAUCAUCACGACACGCGAUAAUGAGGUGACGUUAUUAUAAUCAUCACUCGUGAAUCCGUUAGCAGUGAAGAUCCGGAGGUGAACUCCAGUGUCGAAGAAAUUUUCUUAUCGCGAGGAUGUCGACGUAUGCUAUGCUUCUCCUUGGCUUCAGCCUUUUGUCUUUUACCCACGCUUAUGCCGCGGUCCAACGUCCAGGGGUUUUGGAUACGAUUAAAUCGGGUUUGGAAUAUGCCAGCAGCUACAUUGGAAUUGCUAAGGAUAUAGCUGAACUUGUCGCUACGAGCUUGGGACACGAGAAACAAAACCGUGGUGACAAUGGAACUGACCAACCCAGCAAGAACUUUACUGGAAAGAAAAAAUAUUUUGGAAACCAGGGUCUGAUGGCGGCUUUUUUCAAGCUUCUUGGUCUCGAUCCAACUAAGAUCAACGCCAUCGCCGUUAACAGCGCAAUCUUUCUGGCUCAAAUGAUUAGUACUGCCUUCAACUUGAAGUCAAAACUCGAUCGAUCACGAGGAAUGGACUUGAAAUUAGAUGAGGAUCAAGAUCCACUAACAGAUGAUGAUAAAUGGAUUCGAGGUCCGAUGCAGCUUAUUCUUGAUUCGACUAACGAAAGGAUCCAACGUCUCGUCGCUCAAGCAAAAGAUGAAAACUUGCCGAGGCAUCUCGUCGAUCGCAUAGACGGACUCGACACGGAUUGCGUUCGUCUUUUCGUCUGCAAAGCUGCGCCGGUUAUAUGGGCUGCCCAAAAUUCCCUGCGUGGGAAAGGAAACGGAAGUAGGAAAUGGGACAUCACUACGUGGCUCCCUUCGAGAGUGGAGUUUGAAGAAAACGGAGACAAGUGCGAAGAAAAUCACACAGCUUGUCGAUUGUUCCCCGAAUCAUAGCUUUUUGAACAUCUCAAGUCACCUAAAAACAUUGUAUUGUGUAUUGUACGUGGAAUGAGAUAUAUAUAUAUA